AUGUCAGUGACUGAAUAUGAUCGCGCACUCUGUGAUAUGACCCAGUAUGCACCCGAACAAGUUGACACGGAUGAGAAACUGGCAGAAAAAUUCCGUGAGGGUUUAAGGCAUGAGAUAAAGAUGGCUUUGGCUAGUCGUGGAAGACUUACAUAUGCGGAGGCGUUGGCCCUCGCGCUAGAUGUUGAGGCAGUUAUGCCUAAGGAGAGGGUGACGGAGAACACUACACUGGCUUUAACUCCAUCACAUCAUUCCCGGGAGAAGAGGAAGUGGGUUGGGAACAGGACCCACUAUGACAACAAGAAGUACCAACCUACUCAAAACCGACCACAGUAUGGAGGCAGACAGAAUUUCUCUAGCCAGAGGGGUGACUUCCGACCCAGACCACCCCAAUGCAAUGUGUGCUCCAAGUACCAUUUCGGAGAGUGUAGGAUGCAGAACACCACCAACAUCAAAUACACCUCCAACCCCACCACCAAAAUCCAAGCUUCUCCGCCACCCUUCACCCUCCUCAUCGGCAUCCUCACCCGCCCCGAUAGCUACGACCGCCGCCACUUCCUCCGCCUCAUCUACGCCACACGAACGCAGAGCACCGCCACAUUCACAAUCACAGUCAAGUUCGUCCUCUGCAACCUCACCAAGCCCGAACAGCGCGCCUUCGUCGCCCUCGAGAUCAUGCGCUUCGACGACAUCAUCAUCCUCAACUGCCCCGAGAACAUGAACGCCGGAAAAACCUACACCUACUUCUCCUCCCUCCCCAGGAUCCUCCCGGCCAGGUACGACUAUGUGAUGAAGACCGACGACGACGUCUACCUGCGCCUGGAGCAGCUGGCCACGUCGCUAAGCCCUCUCCCGAGGCAGGACUUGUACUACGGCUUCGUGAUCCCUUGCCAGAGCAUGAAUCCGUUUGUUCACUACAUGUCCGGGAUGGGGUUUGUGCUGUCGUGGGACCUUGUUGAGUGGAUAGGCGCCUCGUUGAUCCCGUUGAACCAUACGGUUGGGCCGGAGGAUAAGCUGGUGGGAGAGUGGCUGAAUCGGGGGAAUAAGGCCAAGAAUAGGGUUUCGAACAAGCCGGCAAUGUAUGACUAUCCACGUACUAAUGGUAGAUGCUCGCAUGACCUUGUUCUGGACACCAUCGCGGUUCAUCGGCUUAAGAGAUGGGAGCAGUGGCUGGAUGUACUUACUUUCUUCAAUGUCACUAACCAGGUUAAGCCAUCUACGUUGUAUACUUUGUGA